CUUUGCAAGCCUUGUAUCUUCACUGGCACAAGGAGCGCACCUCAGCGAAGAACUCCACAGUAGAGUGAAGAGGUCUAAAGAGGUUCGGUCAAUGGGGUUCAGAUGCCCGUUUCCUCCGAAUGAAGACGGCAGUUAUCCAGAUGCCUGUUAUGACGUCAUGGACCAGAAGUGUAACUGUUUACUUGACGAUAUGGUGCUCACCAUGUUUCAGUGUGGGAACGACCUCUUUGGCAGACUAGUUCAGAUUCAACUGGACCUGGAGGUGGAGAGAAACGACAAACGAAUUGAGUUGGGCGAGGAGGCAGACCCUGAACCAUACCAGGCAAUUCUUCAGUGCAAAGAACAAGGCGACAGACUUCGAGAGGGUGUGCUGAUUCCUAUCAUUCAAGAUUGACUGAAUAAAGUAUUUUUCUGCGUCUAAGAGACUGAGAGAUUUUUUAAAAAUUGAAAAAAAAAUGUAACCAAGAUCUUAAGAGUAAUAUUAGGGCCUUCAGCGCGCUGAUAAGUAUUUUUAUUUAGCUUUCAUUCAGAUUGGCAUUCUAAUGUUUCCCUUUUUUGGCUAUUUACUUGGUAGGCCUAUUUAUUAAAAUCUAUUGCAAGAUGGAAGGUA